AUGCCUGAGUACAAUUCCACAGGAUUCCAACCUACUUUCUUCAUUCUCACUGGCCUCCGAGGGCUGGUGGGAGCCCGCUUGUGGCUGGGACCACUCCUGAGCCUGAUGUAUAUCACUACAAUGGCUGGGAACUGUACAGUUAUAUACUUGGUGAGGACAGAAAGGAGUCUACAGGAACCCCAGUACCAUUUCUUGUCCAUGCUGGCUGGGGCUGACAUUGUCUUGUCUGCCUCCACACUUGUGUCCGUGCUAAAGGUCUUUAUCUUUGACCUUUAUGAAAUUGCGUUUGACAGUUGCCUGGCUCAACUCUUCUUCAUCCACACAUCCUCUUCCAUGGGCUCAGGAAUCCUGUUGGCCAUGGCCUUUGAUCGCUUUGUGGCCAUCAGUCACCCACUGCAAUAUACCACUAUCCUUACAAACUCACGAGUCACCAAAAUGGGGCUAGCAGCCUUUCUAAGGGGUGUGGCCCUCAUGAUCCCCUUGCCCAUCUUGCUGAAGAGGCUACCCUUCUGCAAGGGCCAGACACUCUCCUAUUCCUAUUGUCUCCACCCAGAUGUUAUGAAGUUGGCUUGUGGCCAAGUCAAAAUCAACAUUUUCUACGGGCUGGUUUUGGUUAUCUUUUCUUUUGGGGUUGACUUUCUGCUUAUAGCCAUUUCUUAUGCACUGAUAUUUCAAGCAGUUCUUGGCAUUGCUUCUAGAGAAGGCCAGAUGAAGGCACUCAACACCUGUCUGUCUCAUAUCUGCAUUGUCUUCAUUUACUAUGGACCUCUCUUGGCCAUAACUGUGAUGCAUCGGAUUAGCCACAGAAGUUCUCCUUUAGCACAUGCUGUCCUGGGAAACGUCUACCUCUUUAUGCCUCCAAUGCUCAAUCCAAUCGUGUAUAGUCUCAAGACAAAGCAGAUCCGCUCUGCUCUGAGAAAAUCUCUCAAGAUGCAGAGGAGUUGA